GUCUUUCAAGUAAAUAUUGUGGAAGACAGAGAUAGCUUUGUGUGGAAAGGUCAUGAUCAGUUGGAUAUCAAAGGUAAACAACAAACGUUCGAGCCUGGGUUCCAGCACAUAGCUGUUAUUCAGUUAAAACCACCAGCAGGAGUGACGGCUCUCGAACUACAUUCAGAGUGGGGAUUGGUUGCAGCUGGGACAGCACAUGGAUUGGAACUAUUUGACUAUGUUCAGAAGCAACAUGUGAUAUCCAAGUGUACCCUCAAUCCUAAUGAUUUAUCAGCAGGUGACACGUCCAUGACCCGAAGGAAAUCAUUCAAGAAGUCACUGCGAGAAUCAUUCCGUCGUUUAAGGAAAGGACGUUCUCAACAGGGUAAACGGGACAAAACCCCUACUAGAUCAAGCAGUGAAAGGUGUGAGAUAAUGUUUUGAUAUAAUGUAGGUAUUUGCCAGCUAGAUAUCGGAGAUAAUGUUUUGAUAUAAUGUAGGUAUUUGCCAGCUAGAUAUCG